AUGCCUGACCAUUUACUGGAGGAAAACCAACACGUGAUGCAGGAGUGCCUAAAAUACACCACGGCAAAACUUGGUAUGAUUGCAACGAGUAAUCCUGCUGCCUGCUCUCAAUAUUAUAAUUACGUUAUGGAAAUUGUCAUUGACGUAAUACUUAAUUGGGACAGAGAUAAACACUGUUCAAAACCAGGAGGAGGUCUUUUUGGUGUUACAGAGGCCUUUUACGCAGCGACAGAAACCCAAGGUUCAACUGGAAACCUGCAUGGGUAUAUGUUGAUACGGGUGGAAGGAAUGCCUGCAACGGUAAAAGAAUAUUAUCAAUCAUGCCAACUGGAUGACGUGAAAAAGAGGCUCCUAGAGUAUGUUGAAUCAAUUGCGAGCUCUAAUUUCCCCGCCAAUACCGAAGUAUGCCCAUCAUGCCAUGAAAGUAAACUUACACCGAUGCCUCUUUCGAUGGACGCGUUUCAACGUCCGCGGAAAAACCAAGAACGUCCAAUUACAGCAAAGUGCACUGGUUGUCGACGAAACUUUGGAGAAAACGAAAUAAUCCGAGGGCAACUCACCGCAUAUGCCUUGGCAAACUCGUUGGAUAUUGAAGAUUUCGGUGACACUGCGAUAAAAUAUCAUAUCGCUAAACCUCAACCAUUACCGCUACCAGAUGACCAUCGAGCAAUUUCCAAUUUAUUGGUGAGUAGGGCACUAAUCGAGUAUCAAGCUCACCACUGGUACCAUUGCCGGUCAUGCUUUAAGUGCACCAGGCGUACACCAAAAGGAAAUGUUUGCAGAAUGUUUUUCCCAAAGGAAACAAGUCAAAGUACGCAUUGGACUGAACAAGAUACUAUGCAAUUAACCGCACUUGUCAACAUGUCAUGCACACCUCCAUCCACCGUCGAGUUGGUCAGAAGUCGUGCGGGGUGCGUCUUCUCAGCAGCAGAUCCUCCUUUAGAAGGCUUGCAAACAGCGGGACCGUGGCUUGAGUCGUAA